ACUAGCUGUCUAUAAAUAGAGGUACACGUGUACUGGAAUCUUCGAACGUUAUGGCCGACGAAAGUGGCAGCGGUGGUAGCCAGCUGAUGGUUUACGUCAGAAUCGGGCUGAGAGCUCUAGCGUUGUUUUUUGCUAUCAUUGUCAUGGGAGUAAUAUCAGACAAGUUACAGCUUAACUUUGGAGUUCUCGAUGUUUGCAUUUUUGGACUGACAUUGGGCAGGAAUAGCGGUGAUAAGAAUGCCUGUAACUAUGGCAUUGCAAUUGCAGUUCUUACUGUUCUUUUUGUGAUCACCUACAUCAUACUCGACAUUCUAUUAUUUCUCCGUGAUAUGGGAAAUGCGGUCAUAAAGAAAUUUGUCACCAUUGGUGAUCUUGUGGGUUCGGCUUUUUUUGCACUUCUGUGGAUUGUUGCAUUCAUCUACUUACUGGCCAAAUGGGAUGAUGCAGGACCUAAAAGUUUAGAGGUGGUUGGAAAGUCAAUUGAUGACUAUGCCCCUGAUGCAGGAGCAGUAAUUGCCUUUUCCUUGUUUAGCGGAAUUCUUUGGAUUGCUUUGGCUGUUAUGGCUGGUAUUCGUGUAAAGAGUGCUCUAGCUUAGAACUUGUUAUUGUUCAAACAGUUCUUUAUUGUGCAACUAUGCAGUUCUGUUUUCCCUGCUGCUGCUUGAAUGAAUUGGCUCUAGACUUGUAGUUUCUCUCUCUAGGAUGCCAAAUUCUGUGACUUCUGUCGCUACUUUGUAUUGCAAUGUUGCUAAUUGAUGGUUAGAUGAGUAAAGUUGAAGCGAUGUUGGAUGCACAUUAAAAAUUGCAAU